UUGAAUCCGCAACAAAGAUGGCCGCCUCCAAUAGUCGAUCAUGCCUUCAGUAUUUAUUACAUCUUGCCCACGAUAAUCUGGACUUCAGGUUACCGGAAAUUAAAGCUCUGCUGGCUCUCAGAACAAAACCAUUCCGGCCGUGUGAAAACUUCAAAGAAAAGUCUCCUUUCUGGUGUCUGGAUGGUUUGUGUGAGGAUGACGUCCGCAGCAUCAUGGCCAGAUCUGUGUGUGCAAAGUCUGCUUUUGAACUAUGGGGCCACGGACAGACACACAGUGAACUCAAAACAUCCAUCUUAAACUACCCAUUAGAGAACAUGAGCCCAUUCAUGCACAAAAACUCCACAUACAGAAUCAACGUCUACACUUUCAACAAAACUUUGCAGUUUGCAGACAGAAUUAAAAGGAUUGAUGCUAUGGAGUAUCUUCCCUUCGAGGGCACAGUGAGCCUGAAGGAACCUGAGAACAUCUUCUGUUUGUUGGAGGAUUAUGGCACCGACCCCAACAACAUCCCUGAGCAUCCGAACUACAUCUACUUCGGCAGAUGGAUAGCGGACGGUCAGCGGGAACUGAUUCGCUCACACAGCGUGAAGAACAGACAUUUCAUAGGAAACACCAGCAUGGACGCUGGCCUCUCAUUCCUCAUGGCCAACCACGCUAAGGUCAAAGAGAACGACCUCAUUUUUGACCCAUUUGUAGGAACAGGGAGCCUGUUGGUGGCGUGUUCUCAUUUUGGGGCUUAUGUAUGUGGAACAGAUAUUGAUUACAACACCAUUCACGGCAAAGGUCGAUCGAGCCGUAAAAACCAGAAGUGGCGCGGACCUGAUGAGAAUAUCAGAGCCAACCUGCGACAGUACGGAACAGAGAGGAUGUAUUUGGAUGUGAUGGUGUCUGAUGCAGCCAAGCCUGUGUGGAGGAAAGCUGCUCUGUUUGAUGCUAUCAUUACUGACCCUCCAUAUGGUAUCCGUGAGUCCACCAGGAAAACAGGCUCCCACAAGGACAUCACAAAACCUCCUGACGGCAUCUACGUCGAGUCUCACGUCCCUGUGUCCCAGGCCUACCAUUUGAGUGACAUCUUUACAGACCUGUUAAAUUUCUCUGCUCAUCACCUGGUCAUCGGCGGGAGAGUCGUCUAUUGGCUGCCUGUCUACAGACCAGAGUACUGUGAGGAGAUGGUUCCUCUUCAUCCAUGUCUCCUUCUCAUCAGCAACUGUGAGCAGACACUUUCCAGCCACACUUCUCGUCGCCUAAUUACCAUGGAGAAGAUCAAGGAGCCGGAGGAGCUCGACAGCCAGGCUCAUCUUUCAGACCCACGCUUCAGCCCCUACCAGGGACACAAUGCCUUCAGGGAGAAGUAUUUCAGUGGACUUAACAAAAGGUGUGGCAAAGAGGACAACAAAUCUGAAGUCAAUGGCGAGUGAGGGAAUUAAUGAACCAAGAAAAAUCAUCAAAUCUCUUCAGAAGAGAGGAAACAUUUCAGUUAGAUCAUUGUUGUCAGUGCAGUCAAAUGGAAAACAUGCUGACCAGAUUUUUAAAAUGUUACCAUUUUUAUUUCUUUGCAAAUAAAUAGAUAAAAUAUAA